CGUUCUGACAGUAGCUGUUAGGGGCUAGGGCUGUCACUAUCUGACCCGGCAGGAAGGAGGGUCCUGGGCUGAAAACAACGAGAGGAGGAGCCGGAGGAUAGAGGGAAAGACUAUGGAGAAAGAAGGGGAAGAGGGGUGAACGAAAUCCUUGAGAAGCCACGAGAGCAUGUCGAAAAUCUGCAGAUCAAAAGCUAUCACGACGGCAGCCUUGAUCGACGAACCCAGACACGUUGAGAGGCUGGCGGACAUAAGCCGUUGAUCCGCCGAAACGACUGUGAACGCUUCUGGUUUGUUUGGACGUGAGAGAGCAAGUAGAAAACAUAGAGAGAAGGUAACUCAGCAUGAGUGAUGGAUGGAGGAAGAAAGCCAGCUCUGAUGAUGGUUGGGGUGAAAGGGGAGGCUACAUGGCCGCUAAGGUGUAUAAGCUGGAGGAGCAGUUUCACCUGGACGCCCCCAGAGAGAGGCAGAAGGAGGGCAACUCUUCCAGCAUCUUCAGCGGGGUGGCCAUCUACGUCAACGGAUACACAGACCCCACUGCAGACGAGCUGCGCAGGCUGAUGAUGCUGCAUGGCGGCCAGUUCCACGUCUACUACUCGCGCUCCAAGACCACACACAUCAUCGCCACUAACCUGCCCAACAGCAAGAUCAACGAGCUGAGGGGGGAGAAGGUCGUCCGCCCCGAGUGGAUCACUGACAGUAUUAAGGCAGGCCGGCAGCUCUCCUACCUCCAGUAUCAGCUCUAUGCCAAGCAGAAGGGCCUGAGCUUCCCCAGCCUGUGCCUGCGCAAGCUGGACCAGCAGGAUCUUGCCGGAGCCAACAUCCACACGUUCCCCCACCACAGCUCCAGCUCCAGCUCUAAGGGAGGCCUCCCCCUGCCGCAGAAGCCCAGCCUCAGUGCACCCAAACCCAGCCAUGCCGGCCCCGGAGCUGGCCUCCCCCUCCUGGAGCCGCCUGCAGAGCAGAGCCAGGUGUCGUCACGGCAGGUCUCCAGUGAUGCGCCGCACCGUGAUCAGGAGCAGGGGCUUAAAGUGAACGGCUCACUACGGAACCCGAAGGGAGGUGGAAUCAAACUGAAUGGUCUCCAUGGUGAGGGCCAAUGGGAGGAGCACUCUUUAACCAGUGGGAGGGCCAAAGACUCGACCUUGACCAAUGGCCACGUCCACCGCUUCAAUGGUGCCUUAAAGCUUACAGACAUGGGCCAUCAUCCUGGUGGUUUGACCCAGGAUGUUCAGCCAGAGCCGAGGGCCUCUGUAGGCCCAGAGGUAGACCCAUAUGAUGGGCCCAGGACUCCAAGUCCCAUCCCCUCUCACCAACCACGCACCUCUCCUGUCACUCGACACAAACGGGACUCUGAUUCGCCCAGCACCCAGCACCAAGUCCCGUCUCUGGCAUCCCCAACCAAUCACGAUGUGUCCACUUUUUCUGAUCCUACCCCUGCAAGACCACACCCAUCCGACCCGGGGAGCAGAGUCCGCUUGAACGGCAGUCAUCACAGUGGUGACCCCACACAUAACCACACCCACCAAGACCUCAGUGACCAAUCAGUAAAGCCCGUAGCCAGAGGGGGAGCAGAGGGCGGGAUCAUCUCGGAGUUCUACUCGUACUCGCGGCUCCACCACAUUUCCACCUGGAGGAGCGAGUUUGCGGAGUACGUCACCUCCCUGCAGUGCCGGAAGAGGACAGCAGGAGGCGCCGUGUUCUCUGGGAAGGAGAAGUUGAAGAGGCUCCGGGCUCAGCGCAGCUCAGGUGUGUCCAGCAUGCCUGCACCUCAGGUCAGGCAGUCCUGUAUCCUGCAUGUGGACAUGGACUGCUUCUUUGUUUCCGUGGGAAUAAGACACAGACCAGAUCUGAAAGGGAAACCUGUUGCCGUGACGAGUAACCGUGGUCCUGGUCGUGUGGCCCAGCGGCCCGGGACCAACCCUCAGCUGGAGUUCCAGUACUACCAGCAGAAACGGAACCGCCACCAGACAGGUGAGCCCAGACCAGACAAGACCGAUGGUGACCUUGAGAUGACCCCUUCGCCUGAGGACAUCAGCGAGCAUUGCCAUGGCAACGGGGUGGCUCAGGACCAGGCUUCCCUCUCCAUGGCAGAGAUAGCCUCCUGCAGUUAUGAAGCCAGGCAAGCAGGCGUGAAGAAUGGCAUGUGUUUUGGCCAGGCCAAGAAGCUGUGUCCGGAGCUGAAGGCAGUGCCCUAUGACUUCCAAGCCUAUAAGGAGGUGGCACUGGCCAUGUUCGAGACCCUGGCCAGUUACACCCAUCACAUAGAGGCGCUGAGUUGUGACGAGGCGCUGGUGGAUGCCACCGCCCUGCUGGCCGAAGUGGGCGUCACACCCGAUGAGCUGGCCAGCGCCAUCAGAGCCGACGUGAUGGAGAAGACCGGCUGCUCUGCCUCCGUGGGAAUGGGGUCCAACAUUCUCCUGGCGCGCAUGGCCACGCGGCGGGCCAAGCCCAAUGGCCAGUACCUGCUGAGGUCAGAGGAGGUGGACGACUUCAUACGCGACCAGUCAGUCACCAGUCUGCCAGGAGUGGGUCGCUCUAUGGGAAGUAAGCUGGCGUCUCUGGGCGUGAGCUCCUGUGGGGACCUGCAGCAGGUGUCCAUGGCGCGCCUGCAGCGGGAGUUCGGACCGCGGACCGGACAGACGCUCUUCCGUUUCUGCCGAGGCCUGGACGACCGGCCGGUCCGCAGCGAGAAGGAGAGGAAAUCUGUCUCUGCUGAGAUGAACUACAACAUUCGCUUCACAAAGGUGGAGGAGGCGGAGUCGUUCCUGAACAACCUGUCCAUGGAGGUGCAGAAGCGCCUGCAGGGGGCGGGGCUUAAAGGUCGCAGGGUCACUCUCAAGGUCAUGAUGCGCAAACCCGGAGCCCCGGUGGAGCCGGCCAAGUACGGAGGCCACGGCAUCUGUGACAACCUGGCCAGGUCAGUGACGUUAGGUCAGGCCACAGACAGCGGUAAGCUAAUCGCUCAGGAGGCCAUCAAGCUGUUUCACGCCAUGCGUCUGGAUGUGACGGACAUGCGUGGCGUGGGGUUGCAGGUGCAGCUACUGGACGGGGGGCCCCAGGCGCCCGCGCAGGACGCCCAGCGCUCCAUCAGGGACCUGCUGCAGGCCCCACGCAGGCCCAGCAGCAACACCACCACCAGCUGCACGGCAGCCCCCAACUCCACCUCAAGUAGCACCCUGUCCACUAGCACUGCCUUAUCAGACGCAGAUGCAAUACCCAGCGGUUCUUCCUCAGGAGCAUCCUUCAAUCAGGCCACUAGUUCCUCCCUCAUGGAACCACCCACGUCUCUCUCCGAUCCAAUCCCCAGUACGAGUAAAGGAGAGCCGCCGCCCCGCACUCCAAACCACGCCCACUCCCGUCUCAACCUCAGCAUAGAAGUGCCCUCACCCUCUCAGGUGGAUCGCUCCGUGCUGGAGGCGCUGCCUCCUGAGCUGAGGGAGCAGGUGGAGAGGACCUGGAGCAGGAGGGAGGAGGAGGAGGAGGAGCAGCCCGGUGCCUCCUGCUCCGUUACUCCUCCUCCUCUUCGGGACUUGGACUUCUCCUCCUCGCCUCCCCCUGACGCUCAUCCGCCCCCUGGCACGCUGCUGCUGCAGAUCCCCAACCAGCCCGGUCAGACGGGCUCCACGGGCAUCAUACUGGCACUGCCCGACUUCUCGCAGGUCGACCCGGACGUGUUUGCUGCACUGCCUAAGGAGUUGCAGGAAGAGCUGCGUUCUGCUUACAGCCGUAGAGAAGGUGCACAACCACAAGUGGAGGAGAAGAACCCUCUGCUGCAGCUCAAGCAGCCGGCCGCUGGUAGGACCAAGCGCCGCUACAAGAGGAAGAACGCCAGCCCUGCCAAGAAGGGCCCCAGCCCACUCAAAAGGCUCCACCCAGGCACCAGUCCUGCCAAAUCCAGCCCCUCCAAGCCCCCCCCACCAGCAUUCCGGCUCAAGGACGACCCCAGUGGACUGAAGACGGAGAACGGUCCAUCUUCAUCGUCCAUGAAGCCGGAUGUCCCAGAGGUGCUCUCCAAAUUUAUCCCCCGCCCCGUCCCCACUUUGGCUGGAGCCUGCGAGUUGAGUGACAUCAGGACCCUUCUACGGGAAUGGGUCACGACCAUCUCAGAGCCUAUGGAGGAGGACAUUCUGCAGGUGGUGAAAUAUUGCACUGAGCUUGUGGAGGACAAAGACCUUGAGAAACUUGACAUCAUCAUCAAAUACAUGAAGAGGAUUAUGCAGCAGUCAGUCGAGUCUGUGUGGAGUAUGGCCUUUGAUUUCAUCGUUGACAACGUGCAGGUGGUUGUGCAGCAAAUGUAUGGCAGCACCCUGAAGAUCACGUAGAAGGGCAGGACGAUUCCUCCUGAGCUGCCAGCUACCCUCACUGUGACAUCAGUGCACUUCAGCCAAACAUUCAUGGGUGUCUCUGACAUCACAAUUGUACAAUCCAAACAUUCAUGUACCCCUCAUGUACCUUUCCUAUAAGUAAUAAAGCACUCUCAAGGCCAGCAGAAAUGUAAUGAAAAAUCGGAACGUUUACUGACAGAUUUCAUUGUAUUGGUACAACCCUUUUCCCAUAUGUUUUGCUCUUUAUCCUUGCGCACCCCUUCCCUUAGUUUUCUUUUGACAUCCUGUUCCCUUUCCCUGUGUUCUUUUACUUUAUGUGUGUGUGUGUUUUUGUUUUGUGAACUAUGCCAGUUUUGGCUGCAAACAGGUAGCAACAUGGAAGUGAAGGGUUACUUUGCUUUCUGAAAACGUUCACUUUGGAGUUUUAUACUAAAUGUAAACUUAGCAUUUUGCAUUUUGUGACUUGCUAAUAGAGAAGUGCCAAAUUUUGUCCACACAGCAUGUAAAUAAUGAUCCAGAAUCUCAUUUAGAUAACAUUUACAUAUAAUUAUAUCAAAGAGUUUGUUUCUAUACAGAAGUUAAUUUUGUUUCAGAAAUAUUGUUUACAGUUUUGCAAAAGGAUUGCAUUUUUUAGGUUUUGCAAACAUUUACCACUUGCAAGUGUGUUGUGCGUGUUUGUGCACUUGAUCAAUGCACAUUUACAAAAAAUGGCCUAACGUUGCUACGUCUUUGUCUCGGAAUCUAUCUGUCAGGUCUCCCCUAAAAGGUGACAGCAGGGUAGUUUUAUAAUAUGAGGGAGAAAAACUUUAGAGUCAAAGCAGAAAUAUUUGUCAAUACACAAACAGACUGAAUGUAUUUCAAAACGUACACAACUCUCCUUUAGUUCUCACUUUGCUCAGCUUUUUUUCCCCAGAGACCUUGCGUGGUCUAUUCAUCUCUACAGGAAAUGUCCCACCAUGUUCACUGCGACACUUGUAUUUUCGAGAGUUUUCUGCGUUCAACUGUCUUAACUCUCGUUAGGAAAAGGGUCUAGAUGUCUCUUUUUGGUCAGUGAAACAGUCUAUAUCACUACUGACCCGUGCCUGAAGACCUGAAGCUGUGACAUUAUUUGUAUGUUUUUUCUAAUGUAACUUGCUAAUAAACUUGUUGGAACUCCGA